GCGUUCUCUAGCGAAGUCAACGUCGUGAAUGUUAGCCACGAAUAUGUGGUAACACACAACACAAAGAUCUCUCUUUUUUCAUAUGAAUCUAUUAUAACGUCCUUUUUGGAACCUUUGUGUAACUUUUGAUCAUAAUGGCAGAGGUUGAAAGGUCAAGAAUACGCAGCGUAGUUCAGACUGUAAAGCAUUCCAAUUCUCCAAGCACGAGGAUAACGAGAUCGCGGUCUCGAUCGAGAUCACCGGUUGAAGGAAGAAGGAAAGCUAACGAGGAUAAAGAGAACAUACGCAGGAGUGAUGAUGAUGAUGAGGAUGAAAAGGAAUACCACGGAAGACUGCAACAAAGUGAUAGUGACAAUGACACAAGAUCUCAGCGGAGGAAAGAAAGAAAGAAAUAUGACUCAGAACGAUAUAAGGAGCGAGAAAGACAUGACAAUCGAAGACGUCGCAGUGAUGAUGAUGAUGGUGAUAAUGGUGGCUGGCGUGCGGAUCGGCGAAAAAGGCAAGAGCGUAGAUCUGACAGAAGAAGGCAAGAUACACCUUCAGAUGAUGAGAGGUAUGACAAUCGCAAUCCAGCCGAGAAAAAAGGUAAAUAUGAUGAGAGAAGAGAACAGCCAGAAGAAGAAGGAUCAACAGAGAAGACUGAAGAGCCAGAAAAGGUUGUACGAAAGAAGGCAAAUACAAAUAAUCCACUCCUGACAAGAACAGGGGGAGCUUACAUUCCACCAGCAAGACUCAAAAUGAUGCAGGAAGGCAUUGAAGAUAAGAGCAGUGAAGCCUAUCAGCGUAUCAGCUGGGAAGCUCUGAAGAAAAGUAUCAAUGGUCUUGUUAACAAGGUUAACACAUCAAACAUUGGCAACAUUGUACGAGAGCUUUUUCAAGAAAACAUUGUGAGAGGAAGGGGUGUCCUUUGUCAAUCAAUUAUCAGAGCACAGGCAGCGUCACCCACGUUCACUCAUGUUUAUGCUGCUCUUGUAGCCAUCUUGAACACAAAGUUUCCUAAAAAUGGUGAACUUCUUUUGCGUCGGUUGGUGCUGCAGUUUAGGAGAGCUUACAGAAGAAAUGACAAGGCUGUGUGCUUAUCAUCCACAAGGUUCAUAGCUCAUUUGGUCAACCAACAAGUGGCCCAUGAGAUUUUAGCUUUGGAGAUCCUGACAUUAUUGUUACACAAACCCACAGAUGAUAGUGUUGAAGUUGCAAUUGGGUUCCUGAAAGAAGUUGGAAUGAAAUUAACUGAAGUAUCUUCCAGGGGUGUUCAUGCUGUGUUUGAGAGGCUGCGGAACAUUCUUCACAAUGCAGAGAUUGACAAGCGAGUUCAGUACAUGAUUGAAGUGAUGUUUGCUGUAAGAAAGGAUGGAUUUAAGGAUCAUGUUGCAGUACCUGAUGAACUUGACCUUGUUGAAGAGGAAGAUCAAAUCACUCAUUUAUUGCGGCUGGAGGAAGCAUCAAAUCCAGAGGACAUUUUAAAUGUCUUCAAGUUUGAUCCAAAUUUCUUGGAAAAUGAAGAGAAAUACAAAGAAAUCAGAAGAGAUAUUCUUGGAGAAGGAGACUCAGAUGAUUCUUCUGAUGGAGAUGAUGAUGAUGACGAUGAUGAUGACGACGAUGAUGAAGGCGAGGGCCAAGAUGACAAAAAAAUGGAGAUUAUUGAUCACACUGAAACAAAUCUUGUAGCUUUGAGAAGAACGAUAUACCUCACCAUUCAGUCCAGUUUGGAUUACGAGGAAUGUGCCCACAAACUGCUGAAGAUGCAAAUUAAACCAGAACAAAUGGUAAGUUAUUAGAGGCUUGGAGAAAUGCUGGAAGCUUUUGAGCUGAAUAAUUCUCCACUCACUUCGUUUUCUUUAUUCCAUGUUUGCAGCCGUGUUUUUAUCAAGAUUCUGUUCCAAGAGUUAGCCGAAUACUUGGGCCUUCCAAAACUCAACGAGCGCCUGAAAGAUCCGUUUCUGGCGCAAUAUUUUGAAGGAAUCUUUCCCCGCGACAAUCCACGCAACACUCGGUUUUCAAUCAAUUUCUUCACCUCAAUUGGUCUUGGUGGUAUCACAGACGAACUGAGAGAGCAUUUGAAAAACGCUCCUAAAAUGAUCAUGUCCCAGCAGAGACCUGGUGAGAGUGAUAGCGAUUCGGAUUCUUCUGACGACAGCGACAGUGAAGAUAGUUCAAGUUCGGAAGAUUCUUCCGAAGAAUCUCCGGAGUCUUCCGAAGACUCCUCGGACGAUGAUCGUAAGAAGAAAAGGCACAAGAAGAAGCAUUCGUCUCGGAAGAAGAAGAAAGAAUCGAAUUCCAAGAAGAAAGAAUCGGAUUCCAAGAGACACAAGAAAAGGCGAUGAAAGAAUUAGGUUGAGAUUGGAAAGGAAUAAUUUUUACUUAUUUUGUGGUCAUUAUUCAAACAUGCUCUUCAAUAAUUCUUAUCGUUUUAAAGAAACAGAAGACAGUGGAGACUUGGGGCGAGACUGAAAUAAAUAGAGAAGAGUCCGUGACCUUCCUUCCCUACCUUUCUCGCCCCACCCCCUCCCCGUCUGUUAUUUGUUGUCGUUUUUAUGUAGCUAUCCUGAUUAGGAAACAGGAAACAGGAUGAGUUAGGUUUUAACGCUUUUGGAAAUAGGAACUUCCCGUCAUACGAGAGUGAGCGAUUCAGCGAUUCAGCGUGAUCUUUCAUAGGGCUGCGAUGUUUGACUCAGGGUCAUGUUGGCCUCUUUAGGGAGGGGUGGGUGAGGAUGAAAGGCAUCGUUUUCAACAUAUACUUCUAUUCUAUCUCUUUGUAGAAAUUCCUUAAAAAAAACUAUGUAGUUUUCGUGGAAAAUGUAAAUAAAAUUUAUAAAUUGUA